CACUAAAGCUAAAUUUAUAUUUUCGAAAAAUGGAGAUGACUAACUGUCUUUGGUCAUAAGAUAAAUGAUAACAAAACUUAACAUAUGCACUUCCUUAUAAUAUGGAUACACGCAAAAUACUGGUUCGGAAAGAUCAGUUCGUGACCGACGGCUUCGUAUUGUAUCGUCUUCUUAGGGAAGAUGAAAACCCAUUAGCCGAAGGGAUAAAAGCAAAACUGCCUCUUGAUGAAAGUCUUCCGUUGUCACAUGUUCGAAACGGAUCACGAAAGGAUUCCCAAUGGAUAUCAACAACUGCAUCUAUAGAGGCUGUUGAAAAAUUUGUACGAUUAAGAUGGAAGAAACGUGGGAGGCGAUCAGUGUGCAGAGUUGUCAAGAUAAAUAGGAAAAAACUUGAAAAUUAUGCAAAAGAAUGUGAACUGAGUGUAGAAAAAGAUUUACCAUUAUAUCAAGAGACAUUUUGCGGCAAUGGAUUUUGGGAAAAUGUCGUUCCUUUUGAGAAGAAAACUGGAAAAAUAUUAGAUUUGACUAAAAUGGAGGUCUUAGAUACGUAUCUUCCGAAACAACCAAAUGUUCAAAAAUUUAACGAAAGAGCAAGAAACUACGCUACGAAAUAUUGUGAGGUUCUUGUCGAACGCUUCGUUCCGGCUAACUGCUGUAUAUGUGUUAUCAAAUACACAUAACUAUUUAUAAUUUUUUUUAUCAUAAUCAUAUACCUUAUUUCAAUUGAAAACUUCAUGUUUCGUUUGCCAUGUGUUCGGCAUUUCAAUUUACUUGUAAUACAACUCUGCUUGAUCAGUAUUUGAGAUGCACUUUUCAAAGUCAGCUAAAAUCUUGUUUGGAUGCGUUCUUUACGCUUCUUAAAGCCCUGCUCCCGUCCUACCUUUUAACCUUAAAUUGUCACUGAAAAAGCAUGAAAAUCCUGACUAUGAACAGUGGCGCCUGUCAAAAUAGAGUCUAUUUUAUAUUAAAUUCUAUAUGAAGUAUAGAGUCAGCACCCCUACCCCUCC